AAACCAAUGAGGUUUAGGAAUCGAGAAAUUUGAAUUUAAUUGAUUGAUUAGAGUUUAAGAAUGAUUUUGUUGCCGUAAUUAUCCCGUUUCAAGAUUGAAAAAAAAAUGAAGUUUCUGUUGAUAGGUCGUAGAAAUUCGUCAACUCGUCAUGGCAUUGUUACUCGUCAUAUAACGGAGAUUCAUGUUCAAGGAAGUUGAUGCCUGAAGAAUGAAGACAGAUUGUACAGUUAACUCUUGUCAGUUCCUUGAUGGACGUGUAUGAAGGCCCGCGGCAUGAAAUAAUACAACUUCAUCUGCUGAGGAGAGGUGUCUGUUACAUUCCUCAGUAAGGUGUGACUGCAUUUAUUGUGAUAAAAUGGAGUCAGCUCAUCCAUGUUCAGUUGAAGAUGCCCUGAGUGGCAGUUUGACUGCUGCACUACUCAAGCUCAACUGUGGAGCUACCAAGACAAGCACGUCUUCAGACAAUUCAGAGACUCCACCCCCACCGGCUCCAUCUCCUUCUCCAUGUACAAAUUUCACAUCCACUGAGGAUUCGGAGGAACAGGGUGUAAGUUUACCUACACAAGCUUUUUUGCCUAAUGAAUGUUACUCUGGAUAUCCUGUGGAGGAACCUUGCACUCGUCUCAACUCGCCAUUUCGAGAUCAGUUGCAUGCUGCUGCAACAUCAGAAUAUGCCAAUUUUAGCCAAUCUACUUCAGGCUUAGAAUUAUUAUUAUCAAGUUCUUGUGUAUCACAGCUACCCCAAGUUUCCAUCAAAUCCCCAGCACCGAGUUAUGAACUUCCUUCAUUGUCAGUAGCAAUUCCUAGAUCACAAGAGGCCUUGAGUCCAGACUUUCUGCAGUUACCAUCAUCAGUUCAUUCAUUGUCCUGCUCACCGUCGUCAUGGCUGUCUCAUGGACACGAGUUGCUGCCUCCCGAGCGUCCAAGCUCUGCACCUCCUCAGCAGAGUAGCCCUUUGUUGUCAACAUCCUGGCCUACAGACUACGAAUCUCCGAUGUCUUUGCAUCUCAUAUCACCAAGAAUUGCUGACUCGUUGCUGUGCUCGGAUGCUGUGGGAAGUAUUCAACCUUCCUAUCAUGGCUAUGACAGGGAAGUGGGAGACAGCCCAAGAAAAUCGCGUGGUGUUUAUUCGCCUAUUUUACAAAAACAGAAGUUAGUCUCAAACCCAUUCCGACCGUCAUGUGUUUUUGCUCUCCCUAAUGCUAAAGCCAAAACUCCUAAGAAAGUUCGUUUCCUGGAAAGCUCGCAACCAAAUAGCAACACAUUCCCUCCAAAAAGAAAAUCUGAGAGUCAUUUUAGAAGUUACAGAGUACGUCCUGAUCCUUUGGAUGGCCUCUCAUUUUCCAGCCUGUCGCUUGCCAAGAAGAAGCCUGUGUUAAAGAAAAGUAAAUUGACGUUUUUGAGUCAACAGUUCUGUGUAGGGAAACCUGUACCUGGAUCUGCAGAGAUUCUUCAAGUUCAAAAUUCCGAUCAAUCUUCUCAACUUGUAAAAAACUCCUGCACUGAAAGUUCUUACCUCCCCAGCAUUGCCAAAACUAAAAACACAGUUGCAUUCUCUCCUUCACCGGUCGGAAAUUUGAAUGACUUGUCUGUAAAGAAAAAGUUAUUUGGUGAUCUCGAUGCUUCAACUUCUACGAGUUUUUCUCAAUUCAAUAUUAGCGCCGCUUCAAGACAAGAUGGAAAGUCUUCUCGCGGCACUGAACACCCAUCAUGCAACUCUGCAUCUUUUUCCCAUCAUGGCACAAGAUACCGAGGUGACCCCAAAAGCUGUCGUUCACUGAACAAGCUAAGAAGAUGUAAAAAAAAAUUUCUACCUGAUUCGGAUUUACCAAACUUAACCAGCCUGACUAUUUGCGAGCCGCGUCUAAGUGAAGCAAGUGAUCAGCGAAGCAGUGGCCGACAUAGUAGGCUUGGUGAAGCUUCAAGUAGACAAUGUUCCGAUGAUAAACGAUUUCAGCCUGGACCUGUCAGUCGCGUCACUCGUCCCAUAUGUUGCACCAAGUGCAGCUGUUGCCAACAGUUGCCGCUUCGUGGUCCUGGACGUAAGUGUUGCGCUCUGCAUUCCGGUCUACGCAGGUCGCUCUCAGGCCGCCACAAGUCUCGGUCCUGCUCAGAAGAAGCAAGGGGACCGCAGUUUGAAGAUACAACUCUGGAGGAACUUGCAGCCUACAUGGACAAUUUUUUAUAUUUCCCAAAGAAGAUGUCGUUCAUGGCGGAGAUGAUGUAUACAUGAAACUGAUAUUCAUUGUAUGAACGAGUCAAUUUAAAUUUAGUUAUUAAAUCUUGUGCUAUUAGGCGUGAAAUCAGCAGUAGUAUAUUUCUGGAUCUCGGAAAAAAUGAGCGAAUACUUAGGUUGCUACAAAUUGUUCUGGUAGCCUUAUCCACCACCGCCCAAACUUCUGAUGUGACAUUUUUAUUUUCAUUCAUUUUUCAUACCGUUAAAGCAUUAGUUUCUUUUGAAAUUUCUGUUUGCAUAUUUUUUGAACUAGUUUUGAGAAUCUUCAAUUCAUACGUACUUGUUUUUAAUUGAGUAUAUUCUGUUACUGCACUAGGAAACGCUUGAAAUGUGAGCUACCAUGUCUUCGUUGGAGGGCUUGCAUUAGUUCAACACAAGGAAUGUUAGCUUGUUGUGUCGUACAUGUCGUACAUUUAAAAAUACUCACGUUCUAAGUACCCUUGAGCUUUUACACGUUGUGUAUGAUUCAUUAUAUAAUUAUAAUGUAUGUUGUUUAACUGAAUGUAACAUGCAACUUAUUCCUUACUUUUCAAGGACUAGUAUUAUCGAAGUGCUGUUCACCAUGUAGACUGAGCUUCAGUGCUUUGGUCGAGUCAUUUUAUGCUGCUCGUGAUAUAUUUUUAAUAGCUGCUGAGAUCGGGUUGAACGUCUGUGUUUUUAUAACCGUGCAGCUGUAAAGUGUCGAAAGAUCUGAGUAAUAUUAAUUCUUCAGGCUGAGGAAAUAUAGCGUAUAACGUUUCCAUCUGUAUCCAGAUAUUUCUUGGCAGGAACUUGACCAUGGUCUUGUAUGUACACGCCGUAGAUCAGGUUCCUCGUUCAUGUUUCCAUCAUUUGUGAUUAUUUGUUAGUGAAAGUUGGAUUCAUAACUCUGACUUUAUUUGGAAACGGUUUGGAAACGUAAAUGUUGUGGUUUCCUGCGUCCUUGAUUGUAUGCGUGUUCUGUAUAAGACUGACUUAUCUAAUCAAUCAGGCAUUAUAAAUACUUAUCGAAUCUUAAAUCUUACGACCAAACAAAGACUCUUUACCUUUGUUACUGGGUCUUGAAACGUGCGUCGUCCUUUGUCUGCCGAAUUUAGUCUAAAAAAUCAUGUGAAGCAGAGUCAGGUAGAAUACUGAACUGGUCGGUAAAUACUGCAGUGGCACUCAGUAUUUACGCAGUAUUUUUCUAUGUUUGUUCUUUACCUUGAUGAUUGGUUUAGCCAUAGUUUUGUACUCCGCUUUCAUGGGUCUGUCUCGUAUCCUGUUGUCAUUGAGCGUGGCUAGCAUAUGAGUAAGUUUCUUCUCUCUGAAUCAUAUUCAUGGGUCCGUUUUGGACGCAAAGCGAAACAUUGUUUUUCAGUUUCAGCUUCAGUUUUUCUCGCUUGGCUUGCCGUUGCUUCUAUUUUAACGCCUCGUUUCUCUGCAUUCUGUGUUCGAAUGUAAUGCGCUCCUGGUAUAGUCGUGUAUCUUCAAUUUUUGACAGCGGCUUAACAUUUAAUUGCUAUGUUCAUGAAUUAUUUCCUAUGGCAUUAAUCCUGAUUGGUGGCUCUUCAAUGAUGAAGUGGACCUCGUAAGUAAUGAUGGAAUACUUUAGUAGUGAAAAAACUCAACAGUGAAGUGUCUGGGGCGUAAGAGAGGAUUAGUAAAGAUGAACGCAGUAGGUAAACUCUGAUGCUUAAAAUGGAUGCCAUCUUUCCUCUGACUAUUCCUCAUUUCUUGUUAUGAAUUGGUUUGUUCCUGUGAAGUUUGCCUAGGAAGUUCAGGGCUUUCUGUUUUUGAAAAAUUUGAAAUCGAUCUACGUCCGUGCAAUUUUAAAUUGGGCCAUCGUUUAUAUAUAAUCAGUAUGGAAUAAAUUUUAUGCGUCUGGAGCCCAUCUACAAAAAGUUUAUACGUAAGCCUUCAGUGUUACUAAUUUUUUAUCAUAAGCGCCACACAUUGGUUUUUUGGAAUGCCCAGCGACCGCAAUAAUUAUGUUCGUAAUGAAGUCUUCUAAAUGAACCAUGUCUUUGUGGGUUGUGAAUGUCGUUAAUAUUGGUUAAACCUCCCUAUAAUUGAGAUUUUGCUUCAAAAAGAUUUAUUGUAAAAUUUAGUGGGAUAUGAUCGACAUAAUUUGUUAGUGUAUCUAUUUGAGACCGAGAGGCUGUCAAGAAUCCUUUCUAUUGCCUCUAUUGUUAGACAAGAUUAGCUUGCGCAUGUCCUUCAGUCAAUAUUAGCUGAGACUUGCUCCAUUUUAACCUUCUCUAGACUCGGCUUCUGAUGACCUAUCCAUGUUGCUGCAGGUAGUGCGUUAAAGAAUUUAGUUUGGUAAAGCCUGUGAUUCUUUCACACAUGUAUUCAUCUAUUGGUAAUUUUCUAUUCUUCAACGUAUCAUGCUUUUCACCGGAAAGAUUCCGUGAAUCUAUAAUAUGGUUAAUGAGCGCGGCUUUGGGCGCUCACUUCAUGAUUUCUUUCAGAUGAAACAAUUUGUGUCUAUUUGGUCUUGCCACGCGAUGGAUGUUUGAAACUAUGAAUAGUUUGGGAAUGCCAUUGUUAUUCAAAUGUUCACGAAUUGUUAUCGAUAUUCGCGGCAACCGACGAAGUAAAGAUAUGUGGUUUUUCUCAAUAUUCCUAUUGAUUCUUAGGGACGACCGUGAGUGUGAGUAUCAUGAACAUUUUGUUCUCUGCUGCUACGCUUAAGGAGUGUAUCGAGGUUUUUAAAGUAUUGCAUUGAUAUCGUCUUCUCACUAUUAGUGCUUUUACAUUGUCGCCAAGAGUUUUUAUUAACGAUGUGGAAUAAAUAUUUCUUUACGAACA